AUGAACUACGAGACGCAAGAGCAGAACCACCGGCUGCAGAAGGAAAAGACGGAGCAGCUCAACUAUCUCACCAGCCAGCUGCUGCUGCUCGAGUCGCGCAUCAUGCGCAAGCAGAAGCAGGUCUCGAACGUGAUCUACCAGCGCGAGCUGACGAUCUACCGGCAGCAGCGGAUCAUCGAAACGCUCUCCAGCCGGCUGAUCGAUCACGGCAUCAUGGACGUCGGCAUGGACGCACCGAUGCACGCGGGCGGCAGCGGCAACAGUAACGACUUUGACUCGCUCAACGAUUCCGACUCGGCCGUCGUGCUCGAGGACGUCGACUCGGACUGCAACAGCUCGAUCUACUUCGGCGGCGGCGGCAGCAGCAUCAGUGGCGGCGGCAGCCUCAAGUCACGCUCCUGCAAGAUGACGAACGACGUCACGAUCGUGCGGUCCAUCUCGGACGCGAUCGAGACGAACCUGAAGUACAACAAUACCCGCCGGUCUAACUGCUUCCUGCGGCGGCCCGAAAUCCUCGAAACCGUGUACAGCGUGGAGGAGGACCCGGAGCCACAGAAUGCGGCGGCCGGUGCGAAUGGGACGGCGGGAAGCGGCCCCGGCAGUGGAUCCACGACCGGGCCCACCUCACCGAAACCGGAUGCGGUCAGCGAGAAGCGGGACAAGUUUAAAAAUCGCACCGAAAAAUGCAUCUCCACCGUUCAGCCGGCCGGGGAAGGGAGCGGCGCACGGCAGGAAGGCACACCGGUCAUCAUUACCAGCAGCAGCAGCUGCGACGUGGAGCCGUCGGACCAGUGCGAAAUGACGCCGGUGGCGCAGGGCGGCGGCUGCAAGGUGCAGGGCGCGGUGACGAACUUCAAUCGCGUAAUGUCCAACCACCGGUCGGUGACGAAACCGAAGGACGUGAAGUACAAGCGCAUCAACAAGGCCAAAUCGAAGAGUCUGGAGGAGCUGCGCGGGCGGCUAAAGCACUGGGUCGAGCGGGGCACCUGCAACGUGAACCUAACGCUCGACCCGGCCGGCGGGGGCCACCGGCGCCGCUCAUCUAACGGGGCAUCUGUCCGAGCACUGUGGGGCGGUGGGCACGCUGCAGCAGAGCGUGCAGCCGCCCCAGCAACCGAACCUGGCGCAAAGCUAUGCGUGACCGGAAGCGAGAGUGCCCGCGCGUGCUCGGGGCAGCAUUUAAUGUGGGGUAUGUGGGUCGGCGGCAACACUCGCUUUCAGCAGCUUAUUUAUUGCGGUUUGGCUUAGUGUUUAUGUGUGCGGCAGGAUGAAGCAGAGUAUGGGAAGGAAUUGAAAUGAUCGUGAAGAUGGUGGGGACCCUACCACGGUCACCUCACACACACACACACUGACUGAGUCAGGUUACCUAAGAGGAGAUAAAGAGCUGGAAAGCAUUGAAGCAUAGUAGAUAAGCUUAACGUAUAGUGGCGAUGUGCAGCCAACACAGCACCGGCGGCUGUGUGAAGCGCAGGCGUACCACACACUCUACUCUCAGAAGGCCAACCGAUUGAUUUGUACUUGGCGUAGAAGGAAUUACAGUGAGCAAACAGUAUAGACAUAGAUAUACAAGCCCAAUAUCUCUCCCACAGGCACUGAAAUUUCGAAAACUUAUCGUGUAAGUUAAGCGAUAUGAAUGCACUAGGC